AUGUCUUUUAUAGAAAAUGAUAUAAGUAUUCCAAAACGUUCCUGCAUAUCGUGUAAUAAUAUUAUUUCAAUGGGAUGUAGUGAUCCAAAAAACAAAUUGAUACCUUCAAUUAUUUGUAAAAAUAAUGAAGAUAUGUGUUACUCUCAGCAUACGCCGUUCGGUAUAGUAAAUCGUGGAUGUUUCAACAUAUACCGCAAUCUGACUACAUACGUUUGUUCCUGUAAUCUUUGUAACUACAUUUCAAUUUCCGAAAUGCCUCAUAUAUUUUCAAUGAAAAGAGAUUGGAUUGAAAAUGUUAUAGAACUCUCUCGAACGAAAAGUUUCAGGAACUCUAUAUUUAAAGAUAUGUCUUGCUUAAGAUGUGAAGUGAAUACAACUAAAACUGUGAUGGCUGAGGAUGUGAGUGCUAAUACAAAUUGCUUAGAAGGUCAUAUAAGUGCACUCCCCAUACAAGAGUGCGCAGAAAACGAAAUUUGUGGUGUAAAAGCUAUUAGAAGCGAGGGCUAUGUCUGGCGAGGAUGUUUGGCCAAUCCCUUGUACAAUUACUGGUGGAGAUUUUGUGAUAGUGAUUUAUGUAAUCACGAUAGUCUUGUAUCGAUUUUUGAAGAAUCCUUAUGA